AUGGAUCACCGUAAGUGGACUCGACCUCCUGGCCUCGAACGCCACGGUGCCUCCUUAACUCUGCCGUUACAGCCUAUCGGAGACAUCCGCUCACCACCACAGUUAACGGUCUCAGGCACUGGUGGAUUGUUACUGGAUGGACAAAUUGAUAUCCAGUUUCCAUGGCUGAAUCUAGGAUGA